AUGGGGGAAGCCAUGUUGGAGAGCGGGGUUUUCGCGCAUGCUAAGGCGCGGGCGCUCCUGGAAGUUGUUAGGUUAGCUUUUGAAGGAGGCAUUGGUUUUGAGACUGAAUCUCUGGGAUCCAACCCUGCAACGGCGCAAGGCAAUUCUGAGGACCACACAGCCAACAAUGGCCAGCCAGCACGGGCAGCAGCUCGCGGCUGGUACCAGGCGGACCUUGCAUGUGGUGUGGGGUCACCGCAACGCCCCAGCACGUGCACGCGGCCGUCGGCCAAGCCGCCGCUACUGAAACCACAGCUGGAACAUCAUCAUCAGCAGCAGCAACAGCAGCAGCAACCACUGGUGGCAUCACCACCUGCUCUUCCGACAUGGCAUGAGGAGCAGCAGCAACAUACCGGCUCGGCCUUUUCUUUGCUCGAGGGAAAAGGUCCUCACAAGCGCAAGGCCCCUCCACAGUCAGAACCCGAGCUGCGACUGCGCUGCAUCGAGGAGCACUGCCCCAAAGGCGCUAACCCCCUCUCAACCGACGUGGAAUCUGCCGCCUCUCCAGCACCGCCGCCGGUGCCCAAAUCACGGCCCUCGGCCCCCACCCAACAGCCUCGUCAGCUGUUCGGCCUGGCACAGCAGCAGCCUCAGUUGACCUCGGCCGCCGUAGCUGCUGACCAGUCUCCUUCCAGCUCGCUGACCGUUGCCCCGUUGGACUUGAACCUGCAGCGGAUCAGCGAGAUGCAGCAGCUGGGUCUACUGCGCCCGUCGUUGGCGGGACUAGGGGCGCCUCCAUCCGUGCGCUAUUUGCAGGACCCGGUAGUAGCGGCUGCUGCUGGGGGGUCAACGGGGACGGCGUCAGGCAGCUCCGCAGCGGCAACGUUGGCGGCGGCGGCGGCAUGUGCGCUGAGAUGGCUUCAAUCUCCUGAGCUUAUGGGCCCUGCAACUAUCUUGCCGGCGAUUUUGCCGGGGGAGCUGCUGGUAUCGCCGUACGUGCUGCCGUUGGUUCGGAUGCCAGGUGGCGCCGACGCCGCAGCGCAGCCGCCGCAGCCGCCACUGUACGGCCGGCCGGCCAAGCGUCAUGAGCGUCUUCCGGUCGCUGACGCUGCCUUGAAGGAGGAGUCCUUCGUGGCCUUGGCCCCAUUGGCAGGAGCAACCGAGCAGCGGGUGCCGCAUCAGAAACGGGAAAAAGGGAACGUCAAGUAUUACGGGGGCAAGAGGAGCGAAAAUGACGUUCUGUACGAGCGCAGCAGUGUACCGAGUGUCUUGCAGAUUCCACUGGUGGUGCUGGUGGCAGUGGGUGCUGAACCCGAAAGAGUUGCUGACUUCGCAGGAGUCGGUACGAGUGAUGAGAAGGAUGAGGGUGCCCCGAAACAUCGGGGGGAAGGCGCUACCUUCGCCUACGAGUUCGAGAUCGAGGGCGGACUCGCGACCGGAAUUCCAUCGGACGUGCACAGCGCCCGGGUGGCAAUCUUUUCCGGAAAAAAGAAGCUUGGCGCAUCUGAAGCGACGGAGCCUGUCGCCGCGGGAGUCCAGGGAGGGACGGCGGAGAUAAGGCCCUUCCAUUUCAGCAUCAAGCUCCGUCGCGACCCCGCCAACCCCAUGGCAAACGUCCUGAACCCCAAGAUCGUCCAGCUCUGCCUGCAAGGCAAGCGCGAUGGCGUCGCCAGCGGCGGCGGCGAUGCCACUGCCAGCGGCGGCGGCGGCGGCGGUCACCCCCACCACCGGCGUCUGGUCCUCUCUCUGUUUGAGCGGUGGGAGGAUCUGGCCGUGACCUCCCUGGACCUGGCGGCCCUGGCGAACCGCUCCGAAGACAUCGCCUUUGGGAUUGAGGGGGGUACGGGUACGGCGGGUACGGCGCCGGUUGUCCCUGAGCCCCGGCGGCACGUGAUGUGGACCAACCCCGAGGCGGCGGAUAUCGGUCUGCAGCUCACCAUGGGGUCGUACGCGUAUGAGCAGGGCCGUACUGCCAUGCAGCGAUUGCUUCAUCCUCUCCAUCCUCCCUCGAGCACCUCGACGGAAUUGCCACCCACUGCUCCACCUGACGCGCCCAUCUCCCCAGCUGCCGUACACGUACCAUCACCGCUCGCCACGGGCCCCGCCGCCGGCCCUAGCGCUGCCGCCGCCGCCCUCUCAGCGCCAGUGGCAGCGGCGUUCACAGCCGGCGGAGAAGGAGCGGUUCACGGCGGGCGAGUAGGAGCCGGCGGUGGCGGUGGCGGCGGCGGUGGCGGUGGCGGCGGUGGCGUGGCAGAAGCUUCGGCGGUGGCGGGUUCGGCGCGUGAUGGCGGUGGCGGCGAAGGCCGUGAAGGCGGAGGGGGUGGAGGCGAGGUGGCGGCGGCGGGUGGUGCCCCUGGAGCGGCGGGUCAGCCGCCGCCGGAGCCGUACGACAGCAUGGCGGAGGAGAUGGGGGCUGCUACCGCCAGCGCCCGCGGCGUGGGCGCUGGCGGCGGCGCCGCCGACAACGGCGCCCAGAUCGCGGCGGCUGGGCAAGGAGGGCUGGCGGCAAUACCGGCCGCCGCCGCCGCCGCCGGCGGUGAGAUCCUUGGGGGGACGGAGGCAAAGGCGGGCCGUACGACGGAGGAAACGGAGGCGGCCGGCGGCGGUCUGGGACCGCCAGACGCGGCCAGCGGCAUUCCGGAGGGGAUGGGCCUGGCGGCGGCGGCAGCGGCGGCGGCGGCGGCCGGGGGCCCGGUGGCGCCGACGUCGUCACCGGCGCGGGCGCCGGGGGAGGUGAAUGUCGUACCGCAGCCUCAGCCGCUGCUGGCGGAGGAGGAGGAAGGCGUCGGUGGCGGCUACCAGCAGGGCAGAGGUGGCUUUGCAGCCGUUGCCGGGGCGGGCGCGGCGGCGCUACUAGGCGGCACCGUCGUGAGCCCCGUCGUGUCGGCGGUGGAGCGGGGCGCCAAGGAGCUAGUGGGGGGAGUGGAGGCGGCGGCGGUGGCGCCGGUGGAGGGGCUGGCGGGGCUGGCUAAGCGGAUGGUGGAGGCGGGUACGGCGGCGGCAAAGGCGCCGGCACAGGCUGCGGGCGGAGCUGUGAGCGCAGCUGGGGCCGCCGGGAGAGCUGCGUUGACGGCCCCCGUGAGCGCCGCUGGCUCGCUGGUGAAGGGCGCUGCGGAUGUGGCCCUGGGUGCGGCGGAGGUGCCGGUGGCGCUGGCGGUGGGAGGCCCCGGGGCGGCGGUGGCGGCGGGGGCUCGCGGGAUGGAGGCCCCCCUGGAGGCGGGGCGGGCGCUGGUGGCGGGCGGGGCGGAGCUGGGAGCGGCGGUGGCGGAGGCGCCGGUACGGCUGGGGGCGGCGGCGGUGCGCACGGCAGCAGACGUCGUGGAAGGUAUUGCGGUCGCACCCUUGGAAGCCACCAAGGCCACGCUGCAAGCCGCCACCGGCGCCGCCACCAAGCUGUACGAGGCGCCGUUGGAGGCGGCUAGGGCCGUCGGUGGCGCCGUCGGCGGCGGCGCAGCCGCCGCCGCCACGGCGCCAAUCCGCGCCAUGGACACCGCCGUACAUGCCACCGUCGACGCUGUUACUGCGGCCGUCAAAGCGCCGGCGGAGCUUGCCGCUGCUGCCGUCGGCGGCGCUGUAGCGGCGGGCACGGAGGCGGUGGCGCGAGGCAUCGAGGGGCUGGGCGGGCUGGCGGCUGGCGCCAUCGACGCGGUGGCGGGUGCUGCCAAGGCGCCGCUGUACGGCACGGCGGCCGUCGCUGCGGGCACCGUAGCGGCCGGCGUUCGCAGCGCCGUCGCCUCCGGAGCGCCUCUAUCGCUGGCGCCAGGGUCUCGCGAGUCCAGGGAGGGGGAGUCCGGACCGGUGGCGGCCGCACCCGCCGGCCCUCUCAUUCCCGACGCCGCGGCGGCGGAGCACCCAGAAGACGCCGCCGCUGCCGCCGGGCCGGCGGCGCCGUACCGCCGGCCGACCACCGGGGACAUGGCGCUAUCCGCUGAGCGCCCUGGCCUGGGUGUGCCGCUGCAGCUGGAGGGGGUCGACAGAGCCGCCGAAGACAAGGGUGCCAUUAAGGACGAGCGGGUCGAUAGUACGACGACGGCGCUGGCGCAGGCCCAGCGGCAGGCGGCUGGUCGCGGUGUUGUUGAAGAGGGAGAUGUGACGGCGCCGUCAGGUGCUACGGAGCACGUGGGGGGCCUGCAACGGCCGCAAUCGGUGAAACCCCACCAUGUUGCAGGGGGAGUGAUUCAAGGUGUUGCGGAGACGGUCCGCGCCGCCGCCGUCAGUACGGCAGCCGCCUGGGGUCUGGAGCCGCUGAUGGAGGCGGCGGAGCGGGGCGCGGCGUCGCUGGUGCACGGCACCGCCGCCGCCGCGGCGGCGCCAGUCGGCGCGGCCGCUGACGUAACCAAAACGGUAGUGGAGACCUUUGCCGAUACGGCAGCAAGUGCCGUACGGACGCUGGGCGGCGCGGCGGAGGGCGCCAUAGACCUGGGGCGAGCUGCGUUGACGGCGCCCGUGAGCGCCGCUGGUUCGCUGGUGAAGGGCGCUGCGGAUGUGGCCCUGGGUGCGGCCGAGGUGCCGGUGGCGCUGGCGGUGGGGGGUCCCGGGGCGGCGGUGGCGGCGGGGGCUCGCGUGAUGGAAGCCCCCCUGGAGGCGGGGCGAGCGCUGGUGGCGGGCGGGGCGGAGCUGGGAGCGGCGGUGGCGGAGGCGCCGGUACGGCUGGGGGCGGCGGCGGUGCGCACGGCAGCAGACGUCGUGGAAGCCGCCGCGGCGCUACCUGUGCGGGCCACCAAGGCCACGCUGCAAGCCGCCACCGGCGCCGCCACCAAGCUGUACGAGGUGCCGUUGGAGGCGGCUAGGGCCGUCGGUGGCGCCGUCGGCGGCGGCGCAGCCGCCGCCGCCACGGCGCCACUCCGCACCAUCGACACCGCCGUACAUGCCACCGUCGACGCUGUUACUGCGGCCGUCAAAGCGCCGGCGGAGACCGCCGCCGCUGCUGUGAAGGGCAUUGUUGACCUGGGUACGGCAGCGAUGACAGCACCCAUUGAAACCGCGGGUGCCGUACUGUCGGGCGUGGUCGACACGGCAGCUGCCGCUGCCGCGGCGCCGGUGCACGCUGCGGCAGCUCUGGCACGUGGCGCUGUUGGCGCCGCCGGCAGCCAGGAGCCAUGGUUGGCGUACUGUACGGCAUAUGGACGGCUGCCGUUGGGACGUUAA